AUGCUUCGGGCGAAUCAUGUAAGCAGCGGAUUAGACUCCAUCAUGGCUCAUGUCCGGCUCCCCUCCCGUAAUUUUCACCGCGUUUCCCUCGCUUGCUCUUUGCCUUGGAGCCCCACUAUCGCGACACGAGCCUUUGCGUCCAGGCGAGCCGCCGCCAUCUCGAACCACCAAGGCCUAGAUUCGGAGAAUGACCUGACGGCGGCUAGAGAAUGGGUCGCUAAGCUCAAUUCGAAGAUCAUCACCAUCCCGCGUGACAUCUGCGAAUUUUCCUUUAGUCGUUCGAGUGGCCCCGGAGGCCAGAACGUGAACAAGGUGAAUUCCAAAGCCACAUUACGAGUCUCGCUCGAAUCAUUACUGCCUCUUGUCCCCCAAGUUCUACAUUCUCCGCUGCUGGCGUCUCGCUACGUUGCCGCUAGAACCCAGAGCCUGGUCAUCCAAUCGGAGGAAUCGCGGAGGCAGACCGCCAACUUGGAGUCCUGUUACGACAAGCUCCACCAGCUACUCAAGAGCCUAGCAGAGGACAAUAUACCGGGGGAGACAUCGCAGGAACAACGUGAUCGUGUACAAAAACUAAAGAAAGCUGCCAACGAAGCCCGAAUCAAGUCGAAGAAAAUGCACAGCAGCAAAAAGAGCAGCAGACGGGGUAGUUAUGACGAUUAA